UCUGUCAUUCAGUGGUUUAUUUUCGUCAUUUCAUUUGUGAAGUGUAUUCAAUCUACACAAUAUACUAGACCUAACAAAAUUCUUUGUAUCCUUGAACUUUUAUUGCUCAUUUAAUAAUAAUGGUCUAAUAUUUUAAAUCGAAUCUCACUUCACUAGGGCAAAAUUUAAAGAAUUGCUAGUCCUUUGUGUGUUUCUUACAACUUUGUUUUCUAAAGUUAUUACGUUUCUGGGACAAAGUCAAGAAUGUAAAGAUAGUAAGUGGCCUCUGUAAAGUGGAAUUAGACGUAGAACUCAGAAAUAGGUACCAGAAAUUACUUUAAAAUGGCUUAUUAUGGUAGACGUGAUGUGAUGUAUAGCGCACUAAACAACGAAUUAACACCGCCACUUGCUAGCCUGGCAGAAAGCACGACUACUGCGCCAACCUUGAUCACGAUGGAUCACGAGCAUGAAGAUUCCACCAAUGUUAUAAUUCACAAAGUACCAAAAACCAAAGGGGGAUGGACACACAUAGAUGAUUUAGAUUCCUUUUUUACCAGAAUGUAUAGAUACUAUGUACGUGGGGGAUUUUUUCCAAUGAUAAUGUCAGAUUUAUUUUCAUUAUUACAGUUUAUAUUUAUUGUAUGGUUCUCCACAUUUUUAGUAUACUGUGUAAAUUACCCUAAAUUGUUUAGAAAUGAUCCCAAUAUUAAUGUUACUGUAAAAUUGACACUGAGUGAUGUAAUAUACCCACCAUCAAUCUGCGUGGAUAGAAUAACAUGGCAAUGGUGGUGUGUCAUCGUAAUUUGUGGAGUCAUUUGGUUAAUGAGAUUAGUUUUAUCAAUAUACCAUUUAUAUUACGCUUAUGAUACAAAGUUAUUCUACAAUAAUGCACUCAAAAUAAAAGAAAGUGAUUUAGCGUGGGUCAAUUGGUCUACUAUACAGGACAAGGUGAGGGAAGCUCAACCGGAACACCACAUGUGUGUCCACAAGAAAGAGAUCAACGAAUUAGAUAUUUAUCAUAGAAUACUCAGGUUUGAUAAUUAUAUGGUGGCGAUGGUGAACAAAAAUUUACUCCCACUUCAAGUAUAUGUGCCUUGUAUUGGUAAUUUUCACUAUUUAUCUAGAGGUUUGAAAUGGAAUUUGGAGUUCCUUUUAUUUACCAGUCCAUGGAGCCCAUGGGAGAAUUGCUGGCAGCUUCGCGAAUGUUACAAAGAUCACUCAAAAAGAAUGGUCUUAGCACGACAGCUUGAAAAACAAAUAAUGGCGUUAGCACUUAUAAAUUUUCUACUUGCGCCUCUUAUACAAGCCUGGCAGAUUCUAUAUUUCUUCUUCAAUUAUGCUGAGUUGAUAAAGCGGUCGCCGGGCUCGCUCGGUCUGCGCACGUGGUCGCUGUACGCGCGCGUAACGCUGCGCCACUUCAACGAGCUGGAGCACGAGUUGAGGGAUCGGCUCACCCGAGCGCACAAACCCGCCACCAAAUACCUAGCCAGCUUCACGUCGCCCAUAACCACUGUUAUCGCCAAAAAUGUCGUGUUCGUUGCGGCAAGUGUUCUCGGCGUGCUGGUGGUGCUUUCUGUGUACGACGAGGACGUUCUUGCUGUGGAACACGUGCUUACCAUCAUCACUAUACUGGGCUGCGUGGUCGCUAUAGCCAGGGCUUUGAUUGGCGAGGAGGAGCGUCUGGGCGCAGGGUGUACGGGCCCGGCACGAGGCGAAGAGUUGUUCGUACAAGUGUUAGGACAUGUACACUAUCUCCCUGCCGCGUGGCGUGGCCGUGCACACACCAAAAACGUGGCUGCUCUCUUCCAACAGUUGUUUCAGUUUAGAGCUGUGUAUAUCCUCUUCGAAGUUCUCAGCCCGCUGGUAUCUCCUUUUGUCUUGUAUAUGAUGAAGUGGCGCGCAUUAGACAUUGUUGACUUUUAUCGCAACUUCACAGUUAAUGUUGUCGGCAUCGGCGAUGUAUGCUCGUUUGCGCAGCUGGAUAUACGACGCCAUGGACAUCCGGACUGGCAGACUGCCGGGAAGUUAGGAAAAGCAAAGGGCGCGAAUACACAGUACAAUCAGGGCGAAGGUGGCAAGACCGAGUUGUCUCUAGUGGCCUUCUCAUGCCGGCACCCUGGCUGGCAGCCUGCUGAACCAGCCCAGAGACAGUUUCUUCGCUCUCUCAGGCAAAGCAUGCACCAUGCGAUGCCAGUGAACAAUCCGCUUAACAAGACUAUGCUGGGCUCGUAUAUACAACAGAGCAUAUUCGGUGCUAAUACUCCACUGCCGGCCGUGCUGUCGUAUUAUCAACAACAAAGGCCUAGCUACAAAUUGCCCGACAUGGACGAAACAAGUGACGAGGACGAGUCCCCGUCGCCGGGGCCGAUGCAGUCCAGCUCGCAACCGCAGACGUCCGGCCUCGCCGGCGUCAGCUCGGCACUCGGCGCGAGUGCACUCGGCCUCGAGCCCACCGACGCCUGCGACAACAUCCGCGACAUGUCUGUCAGCACACUCCAUUUGUAUGACUUGCAUCUGUCACAGGCUGGCCAAAACGUGUCCGCGUGUUGCACAAAAAACUGCAGCGAGAGGGUUCAAGAGGAGAGCCGGUGGCCCAGCAGUGAAGACACGCCGCUAUUACACCACCCAUAACACUGGUCGACCGUCUCGCCCCGCGCUGAAAAGCACCCCGUGUGGGUAUAGCGGUCAGAGUGAACGGUAAACACGCAUCUUGCUCUCUUGACGUUUUAUAAAGCCAUGUAUUAAUUACGCUACAGUAGGAUUAGUAAAAAUUUAGCUCUUAGGAAAAAAAAAAAUACUAAAACCAAAAUGCAACUUAUAUGCGAAAAAGAUACAAAUGUUUAUAAAAUUUUUCGAAACAUAUUGUUCGUCACUUUGCAGAUCUCCUAGUACUAGUCUAAAAAUUUUAAAGCCAUGGAAUAGUUUUUUUUUCUCUCUCAAAAAUUGUAAUAUUUUCUAUUAUAAUUAGGUGUAAUAUAAAUGGUAACAAAUAAAAGAUAUUUUGCUGUGAAAUUGCUCAAAAAUAUCUUACAUGUUUAUUAACUAUGUUGCUUUAAAAGUAAUUUUCUUCAAAAAUGUUCAUAAUCGAUUUUACAGUUAAUUUUGAUUGGGACUAUAGAAUGACAGAUUCAUGGGAUCCACUUUAUAAACCGUUGUUAUAGUAAAUUUAGGGCUUUACUAUUUUCAUACCUAUUAAUUGAUCACUGCCACCUAGAUUCACCUUUAAAAUCGAAGCAAAUAGUGUUUUAAAAUUGGCCAGGAUUUCCUUAUAAGUCUAAACAAAAAAUACUUUUUUUUUGGAUGGUUGUUGUUGUUACUGAUAGAAGUAUCUGUUGUAACUUGCUAAAUAAAUUUCUUAUCGCAUAUCUGUGUUGCCAAUAGCCCUUACAAAGGGUUAAGUUAAAAUUUAAUAAUAUAGUCUAGAGCUGGAUUUAGAUUGUACAGUAUUUUUAUAUUGAUUGUAUUGAUGUAUUAUGGUAGCUAAUCUGAUAUAAUUUCGGAAUAAUACUAAUGUCGUUUAAAAAUGGCUGAUAUUUACGCCAAGAAAGUACGAUUGCAUGUUGCUGUUACUCACACAGUUUGGAUAUUCACUGACAACGGUUUUCGAAAAUGGAAUGAAUCAGAAUUUGCUGAAGUUACUAUUUGUAGCAGGAUUGGUCGACUGCAUUAUAAAGCACAUUUUUUUUACUUAAUAAUUUGCAAUUUAUAAUUUGUUUCACUAUGAAGAAGAUGUAUUUUUAUAUUUUUUUGUUAAUUGACAAUUUAACAGAAGUGUUAAUUUUUUUUUGUUUUAUAAUAUGUGACAAUGCUUCUAUUUGCAGUCAGCCAUGUAACUGUAAUGUGUCUUUUUAUACUUGAUAUAAUUAUUAAACAGCUUUGCAUAUAUUUUUCCGAAAUUAGUCAUAAAAAAUAAAACAGGCAAAAAAUGCAUAAUCACUUAUCACAAAAACCUUUUUAUUCUAGUUAUUUGUAUAUUUAAUGCACUGUUAUUUUUAUAAAUAAUUAUAUGCAAAGAUUGUUUACAUAAUACACCAAUUAUAAAAAAAUAAUAGUAUAAUUUAGUCAAGUAUUAAUUACUUGAUUAAUUUAUAUAUUUUUUUGUGAUUAUAUAAUUAAAGAUUUAUGUAUGUAGAUUAAAAUUUGACUUGUCAGUGAAUGAGGUUAUAUAUAUGCGGGGUAGAUACACACAAGUACCUUUAUUUUAUAUAAAUAUCUUAAGUUUAGCGUAUCUCAUCGCGUUUUCAUCAGUAUAUGAAAUGUAACGCACAUUUAGUUAUAAAUUUUCGUGUAGUCGUUAGUGAAGACAAUUCUAUUAAAAAUAAAAAAAUAAAAAAAAUUAAAAAUAUAUAUAAUGGGAUGUAAAUUACCAAUAUUUUUAUUUAUUAACCAAUAUGUAUCUUUUAUUUUUACUGAUCUUGUUAAUUGAAAAUACAUAAAAAAUAGUAUCGGACGAUGUAAUUUAUAUAUAUAAAAAAAAUUACGAAUGGCAAAUCCAUUUGGAUUAUAGCUAUAUUCUAUUUUUAUUCGAUUCCUUAUGUAUUUAUAACUAAUUAAAAAAGUCGCCCAUUAACGCGCCCAAAGAUUUCUUGAUUGAAAGUUUAUAAUAUAGCAUCACAAUAUUUUAUUUUUAAUCAUAAGCAAUAACUUUGUGGGAAUACAAUAGAAAUUUAUACUGGUAUUUAAUUUUACAUUUUAUACACCAAAUGAUUUUUUUUAUGUUUAAUUGUUGUUCUCAACAUUUGCUCAAUAGUACUAUCAACUGAGCAAAUUGAUAUUUAUGUGUUCGUUACAUUUGAUUUAAUUAGCAAUCAGAGAUAAUAUUAUUUUUGUUUAUAUUACCAGACUAAUAAUAUUUUUUGCACCAAUUAAUACAGGUUUGACUUGUGUAAUGUGCAAUCUAAUAUUUGUAUAAUGACACUGUACAGGUAUUUCAUUAGAUUUAAUAUUUUGACAAAAUAAAUGAUAAGUUGGAGCUAGAUACGCAGAAAACCAUCAUCCCUUAUGGACAUCUCAAUGGCUGUUUUCUGCACAAGUAGUUCCAGUUGCGUGUGUGAUAAGCGUAUAUGUAUAUAUUAGUAACGAGUAAUAAUUUAGCUAUAUUUUUCAAUGUAAAUCUUUAAUAGGUCGUAAUUUUUUCACGUAAUUUUAAUGUUGCCACAUUUACUACAUUUUUAUAUAAUACACUAAUAGAAAAUCUUUGUGACAGCUGCUCCUUGGAGGUUAAUUUUUGUUUUUAGAUAUUGCUAAUAAUAUUUUGAUAAAAACAAAAUUCACGUACUAAUUUUAACGCAGUACAUAAUUCAGUACAUAGAAAGUAAACAGUAAUAUAAUAUUGAUGUUACUCUAGCAUAGUAUACAGUACGCUUGCAAUAUGAUUGCAUUCUAAUUUCCCUAUGGCUGUUUGUAUAGGUUUUGAUUUAUUUAUUAUUCGUCCACUUGCUUUAGACAUUGAUCGGGUCUCCUAGAUAAGUGAUAUACAAUAAAUACGAUAUCUAUCGAUAAGUAUGUUGUCACUAUCGUGUGCAUAAGAUAGAACAGGACAGCAAUAUCCCGAGUCUUGUUAUUUCUUGUGCGUAUGCUAAUGGCAUUGUUGCUGUCGGUAGAUUUAUUUGCCUCUUGUAUAGAGAGGCUUUAAAAUAAACAAAUAGUACAAACAGAAUUCGGCGUAGCAUCGGCAUUUUACAAUGUUUAGUGUGAUUAAAUAGUAUCAGAUUGGAUUAUAGUAUUUGAUAUAGUUCAGAUGUUUGCUUAUAUCACAUCAGAAAGGUAUUAAUAUUUUUCUAAAAUUAAUUUUAACAGUUAUACUUGAAUAUAGAGAUUUACAAUAGGAUGUGUAGUUUUGAAGCUACUCGAACUAAAUUAAUGAGAUAAUAUGUUUUUAAUGGUUGUCUACGCAUAAAUUGGUAGUUACGUAUAAGAUACAUAAAUUAGUAGUUACGUAUGAUGGGAUUUUAGAGCAUCAUCAGUAGUAUUUUGUGUUAUUUUUGUUUACAAUUUAAGGUGGCUACAUAUAUUUUCAUGUUACAGUAUUGCUAGUACAGUAGAAAUUAUUUGUAUUAUUAUAUUAUACAUCCACAUCACAAUAUAUAAACUACUGGUCUACCACUGAAUAGCAAAUAAAAAAAGUAGUUAUUUUGUUAUUAAAUUUAUCUUUUGUGAAGUGUAAUUUGUGAUACGAUACAAAUAUGCAUAUUCACUUGCAAUCCACUAAGCUAAUGUCAAAAUAUCUUUACAAUUUCUAUACAAAUAAUAGUGAAAAUAAACAAAUAGUGCACUAUGUAUUUCUUAACGGUUUCCUUUUUGUAGGAUUUUGAUUCGACAGACAGUGACCGCUAAAUGAUAUCUCCUAUUGUAUAUGCUCUAACAUAAGCGCAAUCAUCACAAUAUAUUAGGAACGGUUUCCUCGUUUUAGGAUUUUGAUUCGACAGACAGUAUCCGCUAAAUGACAACUCCUAUUGUAUAUGCUCUAACACAAGCACAAUCAUCGCAAUAUAUUAGAAACGGUUUCCUCGUUUUAGGAUCUUGAUUCGAUAGACAGUAUCCGCUAAAUGACAUCUAUUGUAUAUGCUCUAACAUAAGCGCAAUCAUCACUAUAUAUUAGUAAUGGUUUCCUCGUUUUAGGAUCUUGAUUCGAUAGACAGUAUCCGCUAAAUGGCAUUUUCUAUUGUAUAUGCUCUAACAUAAGCGCAAUCAUCACAAUAUAUUAGGAACGGUUUCCUCGUUUUAGGAUCUUGAUUCGAUAGACAGUAUCCGCUAAAUGACAUCUCCUAUUGUAUAUGCUCUAAUAUAAGCGCAAUCACCACAAUAUAUUAGGAACGGUUUCCUUGUUUUAGGAUUUUGAUUCGACAGACAGUAUCCGCUAAAUGACAACUCCUAUUGUAUAUGCUCUAACACAAGCGCAAUCAUCGCAAUAUAUUAGGAACGGUUUCCUUGUUUUAGGAUCUUGAUUCGAUAGACAGUAUCUGCUAAAUGACAUCUAUUGUAUAUGCUCUAACAUAAGCGCAAUCAUUACUAUAUAUUAGAAAUGGUUUCCUCGUUUUAGGAUCUUGAUUCAAUAGACAGUAUCCACUAAAUGGCAUCUCCUAUUAUAUAUGCUCUAACACAAGCGCAAUCAUCGCAAUAUAUUAGGAACGGUUUCCUUGUUUUAGGAUCUUGAUUCGAUAGACAGUAUCUGCUAAAUGACAUCUAUUGUAUAUGCUCUAAUAUAAGCGCAAUCAUCACAAUAUAUUAGAUAAACAAAGUCCUUAUAUUUUUGUAUUCUAAACGACUUAAUUGACGUUUUGUCACACAAUCAAAAAAUAUAAGGGACUAUUGAAAUGUGAAUGUAUUUAAGUAUAACUUAGAGGCUAAUGAUUGCCGAAUAUUUGUGCCCGCCGUAUUUUUUUUUGUAUUACAUUAUAUUAAGUAAAAAUAAAACAUAAAAAUGCUAAUUGAAAAUGUAUAAUUUUGAAAUUAACUUUCAUCACACUGCCAUAUUAAUGAUAGGUCUACGAAGACAUAAAAAUUAAAGUAAAUAAUAACGAUAAAUUUAAAUUUUGCUUACAAUCAAGUACAUUGUGCAGGCACAUCACUAGAACAUCUAGUAGAAAGCAAGCUUUUGGAGUGGCAAAAGUAAAAAAAAAAUGUGAUACUUUUCGAUAAUUUAAUAUCACAUUAUAAAGAUCACUUUUAAAUAUAUUUAUUGCCACUCCAGGUUUUGUAGUUUUAUAAGGAUAAAUUUUCGUACAUUAAUGAUUAACGAUUCCGUAUACAAACCAGCCCCGUUAAAAAAAAAUAUUAAGCAAUAGCCACAAUUAGAAACGGUGAUUUUACCUUUUAGAAUAAAAACCACCUUAUGUGUAAUAAAAAAAGAAAUUGAAGGCAAAUGUUUAUUAUUUUUUAUUAUUCUGAUACUUCUCGUUAUAACUGUACUGGAAAAUGUGAUUUUACAAUCUCGACACGUAAACGAUAAUUUUUGUUAUAAAUUAUUAACGAUUGUUUACAAGUUUAUUCCUUUAACAACUUGAAUUAUUAUUUUCAUUAAUAAGAAGUAGCUUGAAUUAUAUUAAAAUAGAUAAUAUAAAGUUAAGCGCACUUUAUAAAUUUAACAGUUCCCCAAUAUCUAAAUACGUACCUACUAUAUAUAUUAGGUAUCGGCGCAUAUUAGUUAAUUUUAUAACUGAUCUCACAUAUCAAUAAUUUUGUGCACUAUACUAUAAAACUUCGUUAAGGCUUACUUCUUUCCUUUGCCUAUUUUUUUUUUCUACGCUAUUUUGUAAAUAACACAAAAGUCAAGUCAAAAUAAAAAGUCAGCUUUUAAAUCUCAAUUCCAAUAUUAUUAUAAUUAAAAACAAUAAUGUUUUCAAGUUAAUCCAUAUAUUUAUAGGUGUAUAGUUCACGAAUAUAUUGAUAUGACCAUCUCAUAAUAAUUAGAAUGUUAAAUAUGUACACUAUAGUUAUUGCUUCAUAUAAUUUGCAUAAUUAAUUAAGUAGCUAAUACCCGGUAUCAAGAAAUACUCAAUAAAUCUGUCAGAUCUACAAAAUAUGUGAUUUAUUAUAUUUCUUUUUUACAAUAUAACAUUAAAUUCAAUUUUAAUGUAAUAUAUUUUUACUUUAAUUAUAAAUUUGGCGAAGUAAUACAGUUAGUGCAAUAUAAGAAAAGAGACGUAAAACCUUAGUCCUCAGGAGUGGCGACGUAUGAGUGUACCUAUAGGUGGCACAGUUUAUACUGUGAUGUUUUAUGCGAAGAGCCUUAUAUAUUGUUAUAUUGUUAGCCACUCCUAAAAUAUAUAACUAUCUAUAUAAUUACCAUAUCUUUUACAUACGCAAUCACAUGAUCAACGAUGUCAUAAGAUUGGAGUGUUAAUAAUCUUUUUGUUUUGUUAUUUAUAAUUUUGUAUAAUAUUAUAUGUUCCAUUAAAUAUUAAAUUAAUAAGUCGUUCGCUAACCAUAUUACUAAAUGCUUACUCGUAAUGGGUUUAUGAAUUCACGAAACUACAACUUUUUUAAGAAGAAUAGUCGAAAACUUAAAAUAUUUUUUGUACUUUUAAUAGAUAUCAAUCGUGCUGUCAUGUGAUCAAUUUAUUAUGAAAGGUACAUAAAUUAAUUUAAGAUUUACUCCUUUAUUUAUGAAAACUACAAUUUCUUAUAAACUUAUUUUAACUCUUAAACUGUGUUGUCAUUUAUCUUAUGUAUUAAGAAUUUAUCUUUAAAGAAAAAGACAGUUUAAUGGUUAAAAUAAUGGUAUAUUGUUCGUAAAUGUUAGAGGUUUUUGUGAAUAAUUGGGAUUUUCUCCUUAGAGAAAGUUGUUUAUGAAUUUCGUGAAUACUGUCAUUAGGUUUUGAAUUACUACACGCAUUACAAUUAACCAUUUAUAUUUAUUAUCAUUUUUCCCGCUAUAAUGGUAUUGAUUUGUAUAUUAUGGCUAAUAGAAAAGUGAGAUACUUUCGUUAACCUCGCAGGAAUUAAUGAUAUGAUUAGUAAAAUUUUGAUUACCAUAUUUAGUUAAUAUUGUAUGUUCUUAAGCAUAAUGCUAUGAUAUUCCCUUAAUUUCAUUAAAUGGCUUUGAUUAUAAAGCAAUAUUUAGAUUGUUGUUCGUACUUAGUAUUAAUAAUUGAUAACUUUGAAGAUUAUUUUUUUAAUAAUAUAAUUGGUUUAAGAAAACAAACUUCAAAUUAGUAAUAGUCGUACGGGAUAACGGCUAUAUGGUGAUUUAAAGGAGAACAAGUUUUUUUUUUUAUUAGAAUACAAAAAGGAAAUAUGUUUUAUGUUAUAGUUAUAUACAAUUUACGAAGUGAUAUGAAUGAAUUUCAUGUUAUUUCAUUAUGUAUUUUUUUUAAUACUAUACAAAUUUGUGUCUUUGUUUUUCUCUUUCUUUUUGUAUUUAUAACUUGAUUUUUCAAAACUUUCAAAUAGAUAAUUGUUAAGGAUUAGAAAAUAUAUUAUUCUUUCUUAGUCAUAAUUUGUUUUCGUAUUUUUAUUUCGCGCCUUAAGAACAUACGAUAUUAUUGUUCUUACAUGCUUCCAUGUCGUGUGUUCUAUAUGUGAUUAUUGUAAUGAUAGUAUGAUUAGUAUAAAUUAAGUAGCAAACUGGUAUAAUGUGCUAUCGAUGAGCAAAGCUCGCUAUUAUUAAAAACAAGUCAUAUUGGCAUCAAUGCCACAUGAAAAUCUUAAAUAGUGAUCAUAUUAGGUAAAAAUGAUAUCAAUCUGGCUAUCAAGUCUUGAAAUUUGAUUUUCAAUCUGUAUGCAAAUACUAGUAGAAUAAAAGUUUCUAUGAUUGAGCAAUAAUAUAUGUAUUAAAAAAAUAACAUCGAAUUCAUUAAAAAAAUUGGGAUUGUUGUUCUUUUAUUAUAUUGAGUGUUUACAUCGUACUGGCAUCAUAUAAAUUACGUGUAAUUUUUCCUCAAGAAACUAUUUUAAAUAUUUUUGAAUGAUUAUUCUUCUAAAACAUCACACAAAUAUCAAUCAAUCACACUAAUAUAAUCUAUAAUAUGCCAUUAAGCAACCAAGCCAUAAAUACUAUAGAAAAAACUACUAAGUCUAAGUAAAGCUAUUUUUUUUUAACAAAUUCUUAUAUUUGCAAUAAUAGAAUAAUGAAAAUUUACAUUGCAUAAUUAACGUUAGUUGGCUAUGGGCUUCUUUUUAUAAUCAUUCAGAAAUAUAUAAAAUCACUUAUCUAUAAAUUUCGUGCGAUAAUACAAAUAAAGUUAUUAUAGUUCAUAUAUACCUAUAAUAUUAGUGGAAAAUGCACAAGUGACCAAUUUUUCUAUAGCUCCUUUCAAUCUUUAAGUACACAUUACCGCUAAAAUUUAUUUAAAGAAAAAUUUGAUGAGAAAAGAAAUUCCGUAAUAUUGAUCUCUGACAUAGUAUAUACCUAACACGAAAUCAGUUAUUUUUUAUAUAUAAUAACUUGCCUUUAUGUGAUUAAGCAACUUAUUGCGUUUUAUUACUAGAGUGGGAUAAUUUAUUACCAUUUUUAAUUUUGUCUUAUAUUAUUUAAUAUAUGGUAAUAACAUAAUUUUCUAGUUAUUUAGCCACUGUCAAUAUGUUAUCGUUCAAUAAUAUUUAAUUGUUAUUUUCAUCAAGCAUUAAUUUAAAAUUAUAGUAAAAAAGUUAAAUCUCUAACAAUAAUAUUGAAUGCAAAAAUAAUGCAAGGAAAAUAAUAUUAAAAUGUCUACAGCGUUUGUGUACAAAAAUUCAACUAUAUAAUAAGUCUUCCAUGUUUAUUUAUUUGCAUUACAUACAAAAAAAUCUUCAUGUUUGUUCGAUAUAAUACAUACAGCCGUAAUUUAGAAACGGUUAACGCGAAUUUGAAUAUCUAGAUAAGUUGGAAAUGAGUCUAUUCCUAGUUUUCGCUACCGCAUCUACGAGAUCGAACAGUACAGCGAUAUCUGGCAUCUUAUUCUUCUUUACCAAUGUCUAUGUAUAUAUAUAACAUAUUUCAACCUUAACAAAGCACAUUUUUAUUAGCGAUGUCGCUAGUAGAAAAAGUCAAAUGUAUAAUCUUUUAUACAUGUUGUAUAAAUAGUAUAAACAAAGUGGAUAUUAUUUUUUGGAAAUAUUAACAAUAAGACAGACAAAAAACAUUAUUAAACAGUAAUAUUCUUAAUAUAAUUAACACAAAAGUAUUCUUAUUUCCAUUAUUUAUUGUACAUGUUGUUUUUUUCAAUAAAAAAGUGUUGCCAAGUUUGCUUAGUAAAUAUGCCAAGUAUAAAAAAUAUGCAAAAUUUAUAUAUGAUUCACUACAGCUAUUGUAAAUAAUUUUCGUAAUUUAUUGUCUUUUGUAUAAAAUUUAGACUUUUCUACAAGUGAUAUUUCUAACAGAAAUGUAUAUUUUAAGGAAUAAAUGAAGAUAAAUUGUACCAAUGAUGUAUAAUUUAUGUAUCCUGACACUACAAGGGAAGAAAGAUAAAGCAUACAUUCAGUUACAUUUUGUCUUUAUUUGGAUCUUAAAUUUAUGUUGUAUAUUAUAUAUUUGAAAAUAAACGAACAUUGUGAUUUAGAAUACUAUAUAUUCUUGUGUACGGAUAAUUCAGUUAGUAUUAACGGCUUGUUUGGAUGUAUCUAUGUCAUUCCUUUCAUUAUAAACACAAAGCUGUAAAUUAUUUAAUAUUAACUUGUGUUUACAUCUUUUUGUAACUUCAUACACAAUUUUAUUUAGCAAAUAAGCGAAAUAUAAUGGUGUUUCACGCACUUGGUUAUUAAUGAGCGUGCGUACAUUUAUCUGAAGUUACAACAUAGCUACAUAAAAUAAACUGCCAACCAUAUUUGGAAUUAUUUCGUUUUAUCAUAACGUUAAAUUAUAUAAGCGUUCUAUAUCACUAACAGCUGAUUUAUAAUAUUUAAUAAUAUUAUAAGAAAAUAUGAUGUCUGUGUAUAAGGGACUUAUUACACUGUCAUAUAUCGGAUUAUAUUCAAAUCAUCAAUUAUCAUUCGUUCGUCACUAAGUACAUAGUUUAAUCUAGUGUGAUCACUACGUUUGUGCAAUAUUUUUAUUUUUGAUUAAACAUAUAAUCCUAUAUAUUAUUAUAUGAUAGUGAAAUAACUCCUGAUAGUUUAAAUUCCAUCUUAACUCAGUCCAAAAUACAAUACUCUUAUUGUUUUGAUUAUAUGCGGUCAUUACGUUAAUCAGUCGCCAUUUUUUUUUUCACCACAAACAAGCCAUAUUAAUGUAAUUUAUAAUAUCAAUAUAACUGAGUAGCUACUCUAUUAUAGUUGUAAAAAUACACCUACAUCACAUUUAGAAAUAUUUCAUAAUUUGUAUCUUAUUUCGUCUCUCUCAAUUUGAUAAAUACCCUGAACUCUUAGUAUUAUUAUAUACGAUUUAAAUCUGUAUCGAAGUAUACUUACAAAUGUAUAAUAAUAAUUUAUAUUAAUGUAACAAUCUAGUCUGUAUGAUAUACUGCUAUGUAAUUGUAUAUUUUGCAAAAUAAGUUAUUAUAAAUGGAUUAUUCCAUGAUUAUCAAUUAACCAAUCUAAAUAUGGGAACAUGGUGAUUCAAAAUAGUAUAAUAUAUUUUUUAUGGAAAUCAAUGUAAUAAAAAGAAAGAAGGAAGCAAUAAUAAAAAUUGAUUGAUGCUUACGUAUUUUAUUCAUUAUUAAAAUUACAACAGUUAGCCAUUGUGGGCAAUAUUUUUCAAAAUAAUAAACCUAGAAAAUUUAAAGCUAAUCUUUUGCUCUUAUGUACCUAUUUAAUUUUACAUGUAAUGUUUAUCUUUGUACACGUUUUUAAUUUCCGUGCCAUUUGGUUUGACACGGUCAUAUAAAAAUAAUAAAUAUAAUAUAUAUAUAAUAAUAUAUAAAAAAUCUCCAUAAAUAAACAAGGGAAAAAUUAUUCUUAAAUAUAGUCUUACUUAGGGUUUUCGAGGCUUAGAAAAAUCGACUUUAAGCAGGGGUUGCUUCAAUUUUUUUUUCUAGUUUCGAAAAUGUCUAUUUUAGCGAGUGCUAUUAUUAAUAACUGUUGUUGUGAUUGACCUCUUAUAUGUUCGAGUGUGAUUAGUUUCUAUUUUUUAUCUUAUGGUCUGUAAAAGGCUAAAAUAAAACCGAAAAUGUCUUUUAUAGAAUGUUUUGUUUAGUUUAAAUAAUAUUCUAUAUAAUUUGUCUUAUGGAACAUUGGAGUUGAUUACCAUUGAGUUGAUUGUACAAUAAUGUACCAUGCUGUGUUAGAAGGCUAUCUAUUGCCUCUUACAAUUUAAUAUGAAGUAUAAAAAAAAAAUUAACAAUAUUUUUAUAUAACCAUUGCCUUGUACCUACCAAGUCUAUUUGAGACUUCAGAGUACUAGUUUUUUGUUACAUCAUUAACAAAAUUUGUAAAUAUUUAGUUGAAUUUAUAAAUAAGCAUUUGGAUGUAAGUGUAUUGUGAUAUCAUGAUAUUUUUAUCUGGAUGAUUUAUAGUAAGUUUCGAUUUUUUUUUAUAUUACUAUAAUGGCAAACAAGCAUACAGUCCGUUUUAUGGUUACCUUAAUCUAUGGACACUUAUAACACUAGAUUAUUUUGAAAGAAUCUAUGUCAAAAUCGGACGUUCGAUCAAUUGAUUACAUUAGUGAAUUACGAAUGGUUUGUGAUUAUAAGUAUUUACCAAUAAAUGCUACUUACGUUUUAUGCAUUGUAAAUAAAAAUUGGAAAAUUAAAUAGUUUUUUUUAU